GUUUAAUUACCAUUCGCUAAAUGGUACUAAAGAGAUUAAAUUAACCAUUCGCUUUCAAAACAAAAUAGGCUGUGUCAUUUAUCGUUCGUGUGGUUUGUGGUCGUGGACCACAAGAGCUUUCGUGCGUUCUGUUUUAGGUAUAGCAAAUUGUAGUGUUUACACUUAAUAGAUGUGAAAUCGCCUUUUAUGUCGAAUUUUGGAAGCGCGGUGCCGUAUAGCAAUACAACCAUGGCGAUCUACUGCUGGGGAAAUACGGGCCAGGGCGAGCUCGGUCUCGACGGAAUAGAGGAUGAGCAAGUAAUUGUCCCGCGAAAGAUGGAUUGGGCACAGGCGGAAGAUGUGUCCCAGGCUGCGUGCGGUGCUAGCCAUACCCUAUUCCUUACGAAGGAAGGCAAGAUGUAUGCUUGCGGUAACAAUGACCACGGUCAGCUGGGUCACGAUACAUGCAUUUUACCGAACAAAAGGCCACGUAUGUCGAGAUUUAAACUGGUCACAUCACUGGACAAUUACAUCAUAACGCAGAUCAGUUGUGGUACGGCUCACUCGCUCGCCCUCACCAACUGGGGCCAAGUGUUUAGCUGGGGUUCGAACGCACUCGGCCAACUUGGACACGAGCUGGAAAUAGGUCGCCAACCGACGCCGCGCCUCAUCAAACCGAUCGCGGCGAAACACGUGGUACAGAUUGCUUCCGGCCAGUACCACUGUCUGGCACUGACAAACAGCGGUGAACUGUACGCCUGGGGCUCGAAUGCUUACGGUCAGCUGGGUAUCGGUAGUACGAGUGAGAAGGUCUCCACACCGACGCUGGUAGAAUCGUUGGCCGGUGUACCGCUUGCGUUUAUCGCUUGUGGAGGAAAUCAUAGCUUUGCCGUGUCGAAAUCCGGUGCCAUUUUUGGCUGGGGUAAAAACACCUUUGGACAGCUAGGCCUUAACGAUCUCAACUCACGCUGCUAUCCGACGCAACUGCGAACCCUGCGCAGCCUGGGAGUACGGUACGUUAGCUGCGGUGACGACUUCUCAGUCUUUUUGACAAACGAGGGCGGAGUCUUUACGUGCGGUGCCGGAUCGUUCGGUCAACUAGGGCACGGCAGUUGUAGCAACGAAAUUCUGCCUCGAAAGGUGUUCGAGCUGAUGGGCAGUAAGAUCACACAGAUUGCAUGCGGCCGUCGACAUACCUUGGCCUUCGUGCCGUCGCGCGGGAAGAUCUACGGGUUCGGUUUGAGCGGUGUCGGACAGCUGGGGAUCGGUAUGGUGGGCACUUUCAACACGCCGCAGAUCGUCCGUGGACCGUGGCUGAAAACCAGUCUGGAUGCCCCGGAGGAAACGGGUUGCGUCAAUCGUAUAUUCUCCGGUGGAGAUCAAUGUUUUGUUUCCUUGUUUGAAAAGGAAGAACCAGUCGAUUAUCGCCUAUAUGAUGACAGCACCCAAAUACUUUCACUUACUGUCGAAAUGGGAAAGGAACUGGCACAGAUCGAGCCGGAACAAUCGAUCGACCAGGAUCUGAUACAGGCGGUUGAGACGAUCUUUAAGUCGCUCGCCUGCAUGAACGGUUCCCUGCUGCUGCCCGGUGACGAACACUUUUGCUGCACCCGUAAGCAUCCGGGCCUGGACAUGGGCGCGGCGGAGGAAACGUUCGAGCACAUUCGCAAGAUAGAGCACGAAUCGCUCAAGCAGCUGAUCUGUGACUCGAUCGCUUCGGAGCUACUCGGUGCCUUAGUCCCCUCGCCGGCGGACGUCGAAACGCUGCGGAUCUACCUGCUGCUGCCACUGUAUCACGAGUUUAUCAACCCGAAAAACUACGAGAAACUUCACUCACCGUUCAGCAGUUGCGUGCUGAAGCUGGCCAAGACUGCGCACGAAAUCGUGCUGAGCUGGUGGGCCGGUACACCGCGGGAGUACUUCGAGCGGAUGGUGGAGAAUUUCAAGAGCGUCAUCGUUUACCUUAUCGGGUUUAAAUACCCGCGCGUUGCGGCAACCGGAGCCGACGAUGAGCAGGUGCUACCGCUCGAUGUACACCUGACUGCCGCGCUAGACAUCCUAUCGAGGCUGUACUGGAGCAAUCAUCACAAACGCACGGACAAGCUGCCGUACGGCCAGUUUCAUAUCAACGAGAUCCACGAGCUGGUCGACAUAACGCGCCACUACUGGCACUGGGUGACGUUCUCGAAGACAUCCGCCUUUUCGCUGUGCAAUUAUCCAUUCAUUUUCAAUGCCGCCGCCAAAACGCUCAUGCUCCAGAUGGACCAGGCGAUGCAGAUGGACGUGGCCAUGCAUACACCCUCGGUGAUCCACAUGCUUUCGUUCCUACAGAACCCACUGCAGGUGCAGUACAUUUGGUUGAAUGUGACCCGCGAAAACAUCGUCAUGGACACGAUCCGGGAGCUGUCGCGGUACUCGGCGCACGAUCUGAAGAAACCGAUACGCAUCAAGUUCCACGGCGAGGAGGCCGAAGAUGCGGGCGGUGUACGGAAGGAGUUCUUUAUGCUGCUGCUGCGCGAAGUGCUCGAUCCGAAGUAUGGAAUGUUCAAGUCGUUCGAGGACUCGCGUGCCAUCUGGUUCACGGAGGACUUUUUCGACUGCGACGACGGAAUGUUCGCUCUGAUCGGCAUCCUGUGCGGGCUGGCGAUCUACAACUUUACCAUCAUCGCACUGCCCUUCCCGCUCGCGCUGUACAAGAAGUUGCUGAACGAGGAGGUCGAUAUGGAGGAUCUGCGCGAUCUGGCGCCGGUGGUAGCGAACUCGAUGCAGCGCAUUCUCGACUACGACCAACCGGAUCUGGAGGAUGUGUUCGACCUGACGUUCUCCACAACACGGGACUACUUUGGCGAGAUUCAGACCAUUCCGUUGAAGCCCAAUGGGGAUAAGAUUCGACUGACACAAGAGAAUAAGCACGAAUUUGUCAACCUAUACAUUGACUAUGUGUUCAACAAAUCGGUGAAGAAAUCAUUCCAACAGUUUCACGCCGGUUUUAUGCGCGUCUGCGAAGGGCGCGCACUGAAGCUGUUUCGAGCACACGAACUGAUGGCGAUGGUGGUCGGCAACGAGGAGUACGACUGGAUCGUGCUGGAGGAAAAUGCCGAGUACAAGAAUGGUUACACUUCCGGGGAUCAAACGAUACGAUGGUUUUGGGAAGUAUUUCACGAGCUGCCACUUGAGGAGAAGAAAAAUUUUCUUCUCUUUCUCACCGGCUGUGAUCGUAUCCCGAUCUUGGGAAUGAAGGCGAUUAAGAUUAUCAUCCAGCGGACGCCGGACGAUAAGUUUCUCCCAGUCGCUCACACCUGCUUCAAUCUACUCGAUCUACCUCCGUACCAGACGAAGGAGCGGCUCAAGUACAAGCUGCUGCAGGCAAUCCAACAGACUCAGGGCUUUAGCUUGGUGUAGCAAGUGUGAACGGGAAAGAGAGAAUCCAGAGACCCCCGCUGUGGAGUUUGGAGUUACGCGAGAUAACCCCGAACAUUACCUCCUACCCACCCAUCUCUCAAGGGUAUUCGACUGGCCUUCUUAGAAGUAGAUUAAAACGCGUAUUGUCAAUUUAUUACCACCUUAAGUUUUUGUUUAUGCUUGUGAUGAUAGAAUUUCCCCCCUUCUUGUGUUCGUUUGACUCUUGUUGCUGCAAGCAAGCGGAAGUUCCUCCGAUUUUCUGGUUUCGUUCCGUUACAAACGAGGCCUCGUUUGCGUUGCUUAGUGUUUGAUUUUGACUAACAUCAUUGUUACCGGUUGUUGAUGAACGAAAUAAGAUUGAAUAAAUUCGAAAAGCAAUGCUAGAGAUAUA